AUGAGGACACACAAUGCUGAAAAGCCUUUCUACUGCACUGAAUGUGGCUAUUACUUUAGCAGCAAACAAAGUCUUGAUGUUCAUCAGAGAAUUCACACAGGAGAAAAACCAUACGAGUGUCCUCACUGUGAGAAGAGAUUCAGCCAACAAUAUAAUAUGAGGAAACAUGUGUUUACACACACCAAUGACAGUCCAUAUCAGUGCGAUGAAUGUGGAAAAAACUUUAGGGAUUCAAGUCAAUUAAAAUCACACCAAACACUACACACUAAAGAGAAACUCUUUCAAUGUUUACACUGUGAUAAACGUUUCAGUCGUAAAACUACUCUUACAGCCCAUCAGAUACUUCACACUGGAGAGAAACCUCAUUACUGUCAUGUCUGUGAGAAGAGUUUCAGUCUACGUGAACAUUUAAUAAAACACCAGAGAACUCAUACAGGUGAAAGACCUUACAAAUGCUCUCAGUGUGAGAAGACGUUUGUUUACUCAUUUUCCUUAAAAGCCCAUCAGAGACUUCAUACUGGAGAGAAACUUUACAAAUGCUCUCAGUGUGAGAAGACGUUUGCUCAUUCAUCUCACUUUAAAGCCCAUCAGCAACUUCACACUGGAGAUAACCCUCAUCACUGUAGUGUCUGUGGGAAGAGUUUUGAUCAUAGAAGCAGUUUAGUGAGACACCAGAGAAUUCAUACAGGUGAAAAACCUUUCAAAUGCUCUCAUUGUGAGAAGACGUUUGUUUAUUCAUCUGACUUUAAAGCCCAUCAGAGAGUUCAUACUGGAGAGAAACCUUACAAAUGCGCUCAUUGUGAGAUGUUUUCUCAGUCAGGUUCCUUAAAAGCCCAUGAGAGACUUCAUACUGGAGAGAAACCUUACGUCUGCUUGAUCUGUGAGAAGAAAUUCACUCAUGCCAAAAGUCUUCAAAAUCAUCAGAAGGAACAUACUGAUGAACAAAUAGACUGAAAUCAUCAUAGCAUCUAAAAGACUUUCAGACUGACCGUGUGGUCCUAUUCUGCAUGCUAUAGCAUGCUAUGAAAACAAUAGCUUUUAUUAUUAAUGACUUUACAUUGACCUCGGUUAGUUGCGACGAAAAGCGAAUGUUAUUUUUUUUUGACCAUUGUGUCAAAUUUCCCCUCUUUUUUCCUGGUUGACCAAUGAGAUCUGAGCAUUACUUCACGUUCCCGGAGCUGCUGUUAAUCUACAGCACAGCGUGUCAGGUUGUUCUUUGUUUGUGUCAUGCAUUUAAAAUCCUUAAAUGCACGAUUUGUUGAUUAUCCUUUACAUAUUCAUUUAUUUUAUCAUUCACCUUUAUUUUAAUUAAUAUGUUUUAUUACACUGCUCUCUAAAAUACUAGAUUCUGAUUGGCCAGUCAUGACAUUCCAAGGUUCGUUCUUUUCAAAUAACUACCGCUCAAAGCAAAUAACAUACGGUUACACGGAUGCUCCGAAUCAUUUUGACAGAUACAAUUUAACAAAUUCCAGCAUUAUAAGUGAUUAAACCAAGUAUUGCGCUCGUGACAUUUGAUGGUCUUAUCUUAAAACCAAAAGUAAACGCGUUUUUCUCAUGAAAGGUAUGCAUUCUUAAAAAAUUGGCAAAUGAAAUAUAUUUCAAGUCAAUAUAAAAUGUUCCUUUUCAGACUUAUGAGGUAAAUAGCCGUGUAAUAAGCGGGAUAGUGUACACAGGCAGGUUGUUAUCGCAAAAUAAGCCCCUUCAGUGUGAUACAUGAUCAGAGUAUCGGGAGUUAUUUCUGCAACCUGCUUCCUAUACAUUUUCCCUUACAUAUUUUAUUCUAUCUGGUUAUUCUAUUCUUCAUUAUUUUUCUUAAUAUUAUUGAAAUCUUAUGUUGCCGCUGUAUUGUCUUUAAAUGCUGAUUUGAGUCUCCGAUGGACUAGAUCGCAAGGUUUUUAUUAACCUCAUUAUAAUGUUGUAAAACAUUAAGUGUCCACUCUCUGUUUGAUAUAAUAACACCUCCUUAAUCUGCUUCUAGUCAGACAAAGUUACUCAGAGCAUUGACAGUGCAACUAAAACUAUUCAAUAAAGCAUCUUUAUUUGAUUCAACAUCA